AUGGCGUUUACUCGGCGGCCCUUCACCAGCUACCCUCUCCAUGUUGCCGGAACCCCGCUUCAAUUUGUGACGCACUGCAAGUACCUUGGCGUGAUUAUUGACAGACAGCUCUCGUGGUCUAAGCACAUAAAGAACCUCUCCGUCAAGACGAUCAGAUCAGUGAACGUCCUACGCCGCAUCUCCGGAGCGUCUUGGGGCCCCACCUGUCGCGAUCUUCGCCAAAUUCACAGCUCCCUCGUGCUCGGCUUCCUGCGGUACAGCAUCCCAGUGCUGCACGGCCUGCGGACGACGCGCGAGCGGGAACUCCUGAACAUUCAGUCUCGCAGCCUUCGCGCAUGCCUGGGCUUACCCAAGACAACGGAAACUUAUUCGGUACUUGCAGAGGCCAGGGAACCACUUGUUACCACCCUGCGAGAUAGAGAGACCCUCCGCAUUUACACGCGGCUAAUGACUCGGCACCCUUUCCACUACCUCAGGACCAUUGACCACGACAGCCCCGCGUCUGCCUUUGGUAGCGCAGUGCGCCGUCUGAAGGGUGUUGUCCCACCUCCCACAUCUCACGUAUCGUAUGCUACCCCAACAUGGGCUCUCGACCAACCUCCCAUAUGCACAUUUAUCCAUGGGCUCGGGAAAAAAAGCGACACGCCAGCGCCUGUAGCACAUCAACUUGCCCUGGAACACCUAGCCUCGCUGCACCACGGAAGGCAGACCGUCUAUACUGAUGGGUCUGUGAUACCUGGUGGAGCAGCUGCAGCCUUUUAUGUGCCCCACGAAGAUUUUGAGAAAGCGUCCAAGCUCCCCAACGAGACGUCCUCCACGGAAGCAGAGCUAUUCGCAAUCAAUAUGGCCCUUCAGCACAUCUCGUCCUCCCCACCUGCAGAGUGGACGAUCCUCACCGACAGCAAGCCAGCCCUGGAGAUCCUGAGUUCUCACGCCACCAAAAUCAUCAGCGACCUCCAAACGGCUAUCAUCGCCGCAUGCGACUCUCUUUGCGGCUCUGGCCACGGUAUCCGCGAGUGGUGUGCCUCCGAAAUGCGUCGCUCUGUCGAAGACGCUGUACGCUCCAAUGCGUAUAUCCAGUCCAUUGACCCGACAAUGCAAUUCGCUCCAUACCAGCAGCUCGUCCGUGCAGAAGAAACGCUGCUGCAUCGGCUCCGACUCAACGUCGCAUAUACACCGCAAUACCUGUGCAGGGUCGGAAAGCGUCGCUCAGCUAGCUGCGCUACCUGUGGCGCAGUAGCAGACGUUGAGCACCUCCUACUAACCUGCUCGGAGUACUCUGCAGCCCGCGCUGUCCUCGCCAAUCGCCUCCAACGCCUGGGACACGGCUCGCUCUCAGUGGCCGUGCUUCUUGGCCCCGUCGCACGCCAACAGCAGGGAGCCGUUACAAGGGCUCUCCUGCAAUACCUACAGGACACCCAACUGAGUGUUACGUUGUGAACUGAGAACUGCGGCCCUGGGCACUCGCCCCCACUGCAAAGAAACCGGCCGGUUUUUUUUUCUUCUU